AUGGCUCCCUCCACCUCGCCAUUCGCACGGAAUCCCCCUACUGUGCAUGGCCAAGUCCAGACUCCAGGCCAAGCCCUAAGCUCGCGAACCCUGACCCUACCCCCGGAACCGUUCGUGAUCGAGCUGUUCGGCCGCUGGCUGGAGAACCCGACCACGGUGGUAAUCCGCGAGCGCUUCGGCGAGGUCGAGGAGCAGGCUUGGUCGAUUACGGCGUUUUUGCAGGAUGUCGUGCAGGCGCGGGAGCAGAUGGUGCAGGCGCUCAGCAGGGAGGACCGGGUACGGCUAAGGGAUCCGGAGGGUUCUGUGUUUAUCGCGGUCGUCGCCGAGGGCGAGUAUGCGUUUGCCGUAAUGGCGCUCACGGUCUACACCUUGGGUGCGGUGCUGGCCCCGCUGUCACCGCGCGCCCACCCCGAGGAGGUGCAGUACUUCCUCACUACAUGUGCGGCCUCGCUGCUCUGCGCUGUUCCCAGCACCGCAGCCCAUGUCUGCGCCAUCAGAGAGACCCUCCCUACACCCAUCCAAACCUUCAUCUUCACACCCACCCAAGACUACAGCGCUCCACUAACCUUCCAGAUCUCCGACACCGAAACUCCCCUCUCCACAGACAGGGGCUUCGUUCUAAUUUACACGUCCGGGACGACGGGCCCGCCCAAAGGCGUUCUGCACACCCGCGGAACUGCAACCACAGCCCUCUUCGCCCACCGGGAUAAGCCCUUCGUGGCCGGUCCUGGAGACCUGUACUUGCACCACAUGCCCGUCCACUGGGCGGGUGGGCUGUUCACCUUCUUCACGGUGCUGUUGGCGGGGUCAUGCAUCGAGUUCUGUAGCCGGGCGUUCAGUCCGGCGUGGCUACUGGCGCGGCUUGCUGACCCAGCGCUACCGCCAGCGACAGCGCUGUAUUUGCCGCCGCCGAUGCUGGAUGCCGUGGCAGAAGAAGUGGAUAUAUGGCAGGCAAAGUGGCCGGGGCGGUACGAGGGUGCGAUAAAGGGAAUUCGAGGGCUGCGGGCCUUGUCGUCCGGGGCAAUGCCAGUGAGUGUGAGACAGAGGGAGGCCUGGAGGGGGAUUUGGGGGAGGCCGUUGGGGGUGGGGUAUGGGAUGAGUGAACUGUUCGGGGUGGAGUCUGUUGGACGGAUCGCAUCUGGGAUACAGGUGAAGAUUGACGAGGAGGGUGAGGUUUGUGUCAAGUCGCCUGUUCUGUUCAGAAGGUAUAUCUCACUGGAUCCAGAUAUCAUGAACGGCGUUUUCGACGCGGAAGGCUUCUUUCGAACCGGAGAUGUUGGCAGGGUCGACGGAAAGAUCCUUUAUCUCGUAGGCCGAGCCUCUCACGAUAUUAUUCGCUUUUAUGCAUGGAAGGUGUACGCGCCAGAGGUGGAGACCGCAUUACGCCGGAUCGAUGGAAUAGCGUACGCGAUUGUGGUAGGCGUACCUGAUCCACAUUGCGGACAACGUGUGGCUGCCCUGGUGGUAUACCAUGAUUCCGAGUCUCGGAUCUGUCUUGAAAAGUUGCGGUUCCUGUUGGCUACGGAGCACGGUCUAGCAGCCUGUAAAUUGCCGACACUUCUACGAGUCGCGCCAUCGAUUGCAGAUAUACCUUCUACUGUUAUCGGCAAACCCAUGAAAGGGAAAAUCAGGGAUGGGUAUUUCAAUGAGACGGCCCUGGCAGGAAGUGAGGUGGAAGUAUGGAAUAUGGAGAAAAAUGAUGCGGGGGGUGUUGGGACCCGGCCAUUCGAUUGGGGUGGAAUUCAAAGGUGA